GUCGACUCGAAAUCGCCACAGGUAUUCUAUGAUGAGGUAAUGGCGUUGGCCAACUGUUUUGGUGGCAAUGUGAUUGUGGUGAACCGAUCGGAGAGUGUUGUCGUUAGAUGGGGUCACUAUUCUAUUCUCGAAGUGUUUCUUCUGUGUGCGGACAAGUUGAUGCGAAAUGAUCAAGUGAAGUGGAAAUACAUUCUGAAUGUGAGUGGACAGGAACUGCCGUUAAGAACGAAUUGGGAGUUGGUUGCUGCAUUGAAGGCGAUAAACGGUUGGAAUAUCGUUGAGAACUUGGGUUCCAAGGAUAAUCGUGGUAGAUGGCCUAAUCGGAAUUUCAGCUUUCCUAUACAUUGGAGCAAAGGCAGCUUCUACAUGGCACUCAGUCGAAGUUUUGUCAAUUUCUACCAAACGGAUUCUAAAGCUCGUGAAAUACUCAGUGCAAUGAAGGCUGAAAGACAUUUGAUGAAACAUCCAGAUGAACUUUACUUUCCAACGUUGGUGUACAAUCCUUCACUUGGUGCCCCUGGAGCCUGUAAAGAAUUCUACCUGUCCAGUAAAUCAGAUCCACGGGCCCGAUAUAUAGGAAGAUAUGUGAGAUGGGGUCAUGAACGUUGUAUCUCAGGGAAAAGCGCUCAUGGUGUGUGUCUAAUUGGAUUAUACCUUUCUCAAUUUAUACCAACUCGAAUGGAAUUCUUCGCCAAUAAAUUUCGUGAAGAAUUUCAACCGAUCGCCUACGACUGUACAGAACAUUAUGUGAUGCAGAAGAUUUUGAGAGAGAUGAGGACGAAACAACUGGAUCCCAAUUUCAAUGUAACGUUUUAUUCACAACUUUAUUGUUCACAGUAUCAACUAAAUUGAAGAUGAUUCUGUUGACGUAUUUGAAUGGAUGUACACACUGUUUGUCGCAUAAUAUUUACAUAAAAUAAUAUUAAGUUUUAUCAACC